AGAAGACUAUUGAGAGAGGGAUCAGUAAACUAAAGCCCUCUUCCCCCCACACAGCGCGGCAGCCCCCAGGGGUCCCCAGCCAGCACCCCAUCACCCCACCAGGACCCUACCCCCCAGACACCCCCACCCCGCCCGGGGGCCUGCUGUACCUGAUCGUGGGCUGUGUUCUAGGGGUCAUGGUCCUCAUCCUACUCGUCUUCAUCACCAUGUGUCUGUGGAGGAACCGUCAGCAGAAUACCAUGCACAAGUACGACCCCCCAGGCUACCUCUACCAGCCUGCGGAGAUGAACGGCCAUGUUCUAGAGUACCCCACCCUGCCUGGUAGCAGCCGGAUCAACGGUGGGGUCCACGGGGGCUACGGGCACAGCGGUCUACCCCAGGGCUGCCACCACCUGCACCACAAGCUGCCUAACGGCCUGGCGCUGCGUAAUGGGUCUGCUGGGUACCCAUCACACAGCCACGAUGCCUCCUUACCACACAGCACCAUGGAGUAUGAGCACUCUGUCCCUCACCACCACCACAAUGGUGAAGGUGUGUACACAGCCCUGCCCCAGACUGACCCGUCUGACUGUAUGAGUUGCCAGAACUUCUGCAACAACAACAGAUGUUACAUGAAGGCCAACGGUACAUUCUCUAGUGGUGGCGGUGGGUCUCUGCCCCUAAUGCAGCGCAUGGCAUCGUGCCAGCAGCUGGAUGGAGGGCUGGGUCUGGAGAUGGUUCCUCUGGGCCAGGUCUCUCCUCACUGCCUGGGCCUCCUCUCUGGGGAGAGAGACACAGAGUCUGGGGAGCACGGGGACCAGGACCCGGAGGAGGAGGAGGACUCAUCUCCGUCCCAGACCUCCUGCUGUACUCUUGGGGACCACCACCACUGCCCUGGAGACGACUACACAGCUGAUGAUGAGCCUGUGGUGUGUAUGGACUCUGAGGCCGUGGCAGUGUGUUGGGAGAGCCUGGGUCUGUGUCACCUAGACCUAAAGGAGAAACCAGUUUGGAUCUCUACAGACAGCCUGACUCUGGCCUUGCAGGCAGACCUGAUCCAGCCUAACCCCCAGGAGGUAUGAACACAGCCCACACACAGCCCCCCUGCCUGGGGUACAGAGGAGACAAGGGAGAGGCGGACAACCAGAGUGAACCAGAGAGGAGAAGAAACAGACAGACGUUUUUUGGAUAAAAGAGGACCCAGUAUGUUCAUGGUCAGAGACUGUACGUGACACGGUGAAAAGGUCAUUAACCUGACUGGAAUACAGCUGGGACAGACGAAUGGACGGGAAAGAGAGAGAGGAUGAUGGAUGGAAAGAGAGAGAGGAUGACCAAAUGGAGGGAUGAAUGGAGAGACUGUGGAGGAGGAGGAGGAGGAGGAGGAGGAGGAGGAGGAGGAGGAGGAGACUCAGAACGGAAAACUCCAAGCCACCCGACGGAGAGAAGGAGGGAGGACUCCUAAAACAAAACAAAAAUAAAACUCUUUAGAUUACUUAUUUAUUUUUUGUAGUAGUACAAUAUUCUUUCAUAUCUGUUUUAAAGGCCCAGUGCAGUCAAAAAAAACAUGAUAUUUCUGUGUUUUAUAAAUCUACACUGAGGUUGGAUUCGUACUGUGAAAUUAUGAAUAUGAUGAUAAUGGCAUAUAAAUAUUAUGAAUAUGAUGAUAAUGGCAUAUAAAUAAUGUUCUUUUAGUGUAAGAGCCGUUUGAAAAGACCGCCUGAAAUUUCAGCCUGUUUUCGGUGGGAUGGAGUUUUGGCCUUUCUGGUGACAUCACCGGUUGUUAGAUUAGUUCGACCAAUAAGAAAGAGAGUUCCAAACCUCUCAGCCAAUAACAGCUAGAGUUCAGUUCAGAAAAUUGUUCUUUACUAAGAAGCUAUUUUUAGUUUUUGUAUUUUGACCAUUAUAAUUGAAUGAAGAUACUUAAUUGUUACCCAGAAAUAAUUUGAUAUUUGAGAUAAAACUGCUGCAUUGGACCUUUAAGAACAAAACAGUUUUUAUAUUAUUUAUGCCUUUUUUGGAUGAGAAAUAUUCUUUAUUUUUUUGUUUUAUUUUGUCGUUCUGUGUUCCGCGGUGUGGAGUUUAGACAUUGUACGUGUAAAGUUUUCUAAUAAUAUAAAGAGAAGAGAUUUGAAGAGUCAAA